AUGGGGAUGCGAAAGGAAUCGGGUGGUUGGGAAUUGGGGCACUGUGAGGGGCAUAGAGGUGUUGCUUCGCUAGGCAACAGCCAGAAACGGCUGUCUCCCCUCGGGCCAAUUUCCUCACCACUCUUUACCCAUCCCCUUCACCCCGGCCCAGUCCCCAUCAGGUACUCUCCCCGCCACCUCCCGUCUUUCCGCGACUCCCCUGCUCCCCCCGCCCCCAUUAUCCAGGCGUGGGACGCGGCGUAUGGCCUUUCCGCCAACCUCACCGCGCCUCCCCCUGCCGUCCGCCUCCCCGUCUCCCUCGCUGCUGCAGCCUCCGCCAUCACCGCCGCACCCGGCGAUGCUGACGUGGCAGUGGGCGCAGAGGGGCGCGUGAGCGUGCCGCCCGCGCCGCAUCUGGAGGACUGCGCGAGGGUGACGUGGCGGCGCGCGCAGGCGGAGUGGAGAAGGGGUGGUAGGCAAGGCGCAGGGGGGGAAAUGAGCGCACCUGCAUGGGCGCAAGUGCAGGAAGGGGGGCAGCAGGGGCCCCUUCCGCCAUGGAUCCGCGGGGCAGACGAGGACAACCUGGCGCUCACACGCAUCGCCCAGACCGACCUCUGGCUGCAUCAGUUCCCCCCCUCCUGCUCCCCCUCCUCCCCCUCCUCAUCCUCCGCCGCCCCCGUGCGCUUCCUGCUGGUGGAGUGGAAGCACCCGCGCGGCCACGGGCUGGGGUCGCAGGUGCACAUCAUGAGCGCCGCGCUCAGCCUCGCCUUCUUCCACGGCCGCGUCCUCGUUCCCGCCCCGGGCUCCUUCUCCCAUGCCGCACACAACUCCUGCUCAGCCCUGGCUCACCCCACCCCACAUGCCAUGCCCGUGUGCUGUGCAGGGCCGGACUCCGGCUCCCUCUCCUGCUACUUCUUCCCGCUCACCUCCCUCGCCUGCCAGCAGCAAGCGCUCUCCUUGUGGCAGCAGCAGCAGGAGCACGGCCCCUCGCACCCCGUCCCACCGCCUGACCCCGGGCCGGCACUGAACGAGCUGCUGCAGUCAGACCUGCCCGUCGUGUUCUUCCCCGGAGUCACUCGCUUCCAAGCCAAGAUGGCCAAGGAGGCUUCCGCUGCCUUUCACUGGGGGACGCCAUGGGUGCAGCGGCAGGUGUCAACGGAGCUGCUGGGGCAGCGCUUCGAUGCCGAGGGCCGCUACCUGCAGGUGUCGUGGUGGCGCUCGCAGUCGCUGCGCUUCAUGCUGCGCUGGCCCUCACGCUACCUCUGCCACCUCCUCAACCGCGCCCGCCACGACACUUAUGGCUACCGCGUCGCCCUCCGCAUGGCCGCCACUCAAACUGCCCUCCUCACUGCCUCGGAUGACGCUGCCAACAGUGUUUUCAGUGCUGCCGCAGAUGCAGGUGGUGGUGAUGCAGGCGGGAUGAUGGAUGGUGGGGUCGGGGGGGAGCCGUUUAUCUUCCGGCCGAUAGUGAGCAUGCAUGUGCGGCAGGGGGACAAGGGCCAUGAGAUGCUGCUCUUCUCUCUGGCCUCGUAUGUAUAUCUGGGCCAUCGCCUGCGCCUGCAUGUGCCCAACCUCAAGCACGUGUGGCUCAGCACAGAAAUGCAGACUGUUGUUGAUGAAGCAGUGUCCCGCUUCCAGGACUGGAUCUUCCUCUUCACCAAGGUGCAGAGGCAAACAGGAAACAAGUUCUUCUAUUCAUAUGAGCAGUCAGCAGGCCCCGGUGCAGUAACUGCAGCCAGCUUUGUUAACCUGAUAAUAGCAUCAGAAUGUGAUUUUUUUGUUGGAGCUCUAGCUUCCAAUUGGAACAGGCUCAUCAAUGAGCUUAGGCUCACAAAUGGACGGUAUCGAUCAGGUUAUCUUGCCCUCAAUCAUGCAGAGUGGUGA